AUGUGGUGGGCCAUCUAUGACUGGGUGCUUCUGGCAUUGUGGGCUAUAAAUGCAGAAGCAUCAUACACAAUCCUCCGAUGCGACUCAUCGUCUUUUGCAAAGAUUCAGGGUGCCAUUACGGAGGCCACAAGUAUGGCUACAAAUGCUCUAGCUAAACUUCUCCUCCCGGGCGACGCUACGGUAGCUGCUGCCUUUACACCUUUAUUCAUAUCUUCCGAUGUGCCGACUCUACGAGGACUCUACACCCGAGUGCAGAAUAUCGACACCGAUCCAUUGGACGUCACAUUCUUUUGCGAUGAGAACCACAUUGAAUGGUCCGACCCGCGAAACGGCUGGAUGGAUACAGCUUAUACCUAUACGGCCACGGACGGCACAAUCCGGCAUGUUAACCAGUACAGGGUUGCUGCCGGUAAUCCAGGCACGUUGCCUGGGAUAAAAGGGUCGUAUGCGACUCUUGGCUAUCAAAUCCAAAUGACUUCCGACGUGGCAGAUUGCUCCGAUCAGGCGCAUGUAUACGUUUGGCCUCAGAGGAUCAACCCACCCACUGACGGCUCUGAUGGCUACGAUCAUCGCUCUCUACGCGACAUCAACUCACAGGGUAUUCAUCCCAACUUCGCAGCCCUGGAUAACAUCAAACCGCUCUCUGAGACCAUCUUCCACGAGCUCAUGCACGUUUACGGGGGCCUCGUCAGCCCCACCAGCGGUAAGAAGAAUAUAGUUGAUAUAAUCAAUGGAAAGCGGAUCCGUGGUUAUCAGUCUUGCGUCUCCACGAAUGUAAAUCGACUAGCCAACGGUUAUACACCGCUCCAGGCUGCUGAUUGCCCCACGAUUUUGGCUAAAGCUCUUUAUCUUCAACCGAAGAAUAAGCCGCCCAUGAUGUGGGAUACUGGGGUGGUUGACCCUAACUCUGGCGCACCAGUUGGGUUACCUGGACCAGGUGCCAACCAUAAGAGACAGAUUACUGUUAUAUAG